AUGAAUCAAUAUCGACGCGAGCAGGUUAUCUCGAAACAAUUUCAGCAAGUGUCUUCAUACCUUGAGGAAUUACCAGCGGAACAUGCAUUGAAACCUACCGGUGAAGAUGCAGCACACUUACAUGCCUUGUUCAAACAAGCAACCAUUGGGGACGUUAUAAGGCUGCCGCUCGACAAAACUCCUAAAAGAGAUUUGGAAGCCUGGGAAAAUUUGAAAGGAAUGACUAUUGACGAAGCUAAAGCCCAAUAUGUGGAUAAAAGUAUUAAAUGGCUCCAAUUACAUAAAGAUAAAAUUAAAGAAGCAAACGAAUUAAUUACAAGACUUUCAAGAAUCACAGAAUACAAUAAUAAUGACGUUGGAUCUGAUGAAGAAUAUUCUUCUACGACCGCGCCUCCCUCAAAUGAUUCCGCUGAAUCACUUUUACAUGUUCCAAUUGACAAGCAACAACAAUCAACAAACUCGUCACUUCUCCAGUCACAAAAUAUUAAUCUGUCACCAUCAUUAAUUUAUUCAUCAGAUAACGACGACGAUGAAUUCGAAGAAGCUCGUAAUGAUUCUUCGUUGCUUCCGACUCCGUCAAAAUCUACGUUCCAUGAUGAGCGAAUCGCGGAGAUUGAAAAAGCGCUUGAACGGCUGCAAGCUGAGGUCUCGGCGUCAAACGAGCGGACUGAAGCGUUGCGACAAGAUUUGGUUGAAGAUCAGAUAAAGAAACAGGUUGCAAAGAAGACGUGGACUUGGUGGAUAAAAAUAAUUACAAAACAUGCAAUCAUAAAUGGAAUAUUAUUGCUGAUAGGAUUAGCAUUAUUUAGUAGAGCAUCCCCGUUCGCUGUUCGCAUAAUAGACCGUUCUCGUGUAUUAGAAAUCUGGAAAUACACAAAGAGAUUAUUGAUUGAUUGGAAGUAUAAUUACGAAUUAAAAAGAUAA